AUGUCCAGCAAGUGUCCGGUCACACCCAGGAAGCGUCCACUCGAGCCUGAGAAGCACAACGAGACACCCACACGCAGUCACAUCAAGGCAGUAAUAGCACUCAAUGACUGGGCAGGUGUCCAGUCCAACAAGGCAGAUAACUUGAGAAAGAUGGAGGAAGUUAUUAACAGUAUGGAUGAGGCCAAAUCAAAGGCCCUUACCUGGCAACAGCUCAGGCAGAAGGCAGGCAUUGAUAAGAAGAUUCACUGGAUCACCAUCCGACAAUAUAUGCAAUCCCUGGACUUCGCCAAAUGCAUUGCCUGCACUAAGACCUGGAUGGCCCCCCAUACCCGAACAGCGCGCAUCGACUGGUGCACAGAGAUGCUGGCAAAGUGA